GUGGUAUUCUCUGUUUACACUUAUAACAAACGUGUUGAUAUAAGGCCGCUACUCUGCGUUUAUGUGAUUUCUUUGAUUUUUGAAGCGAAUUCGAAGACGGAAGCUAGAAGUUUUUCCUCAAGAGAUAUAAAUUAGGCAAAAUAUCAAAAUGGGAAAGAAGCAGUGUAAGGUGAAUUCGAAACAGAGGAAGGCGCAAUUGAAUCGUAUGAUCAAACCGACAGAUUCCCGACUCAAAGCAAAAGAUCGUGCACCACCGAAAAAGAAGCCACUCGACCCACAAGAGUUGAAAAUAACCGAAGCUCCACAACAAUCGUCAGCACUCUUUUUCCAAUACAACACACAACUAGGUCCACCAUAUCACAUUUUGGUCGAUACCAAUUUCGUGCAUUAUAGUAUCAAAAACAAAUUGGAUAUUAUUAAAAAUAUGAUGGACUGUUUGUAUGCCAAGUGCAUACCAUAUAUUACCGAUUGUGUGAUGGCCGAAUUGGAAAAAAUGGGCCAAAAGUAUAAGAUGGCAUUGAAAAUUGUGAAAGAUCCACGGUUCCAGAGAAUAACCUGCAUGCACAAAGGCACAUAUGCCGAUGACUGUAUUGUGAAUCGUAUCACACAGCACAAGUGCUACAUCGUGGCAACCAAUGACAGAGAUUUGAAGAAUCGAAUUCGCAAAAUUCCAGGUGUUCCUGUCAUGUACGUUUCUCAGCACAAGUACACCAUUGAGCGAAUGCCGGACGCCUACGGAGCACCGAAGAAUUAAAACCCAUAACUUUAAAUCGAAAUCGAUUUUAUUCAAUUCGUCAUUUUGUUAUUUUAUAAUAUUUGAAUUAAAAAUAAAUGGAAAUUUAUUCAUACACAAAAAAAA